CGCCUGUCCCCGCCCGCCCAGGCUUCUUGCCUCGGCUGUUCGCUCCCAGGUUCCCGGCAACCCUGCUCGCCUGCGCCACCCUGCGCUCGACUAACGGGCCGCCGCCUUCUGCUGCCCCUGGAUCCCCGCCGCGUGUUUGCUGCUUCAGAACCUGAAACCAUGGCCAAACCACAGGGUGCCCAGUACCGUGGCUCCGUGCGAGACUUCCCGGACUUCGACCCCGGCCAGGACGCAGAGGCUCUGUACUCCGCCAUGAAGGGUUUUGGCAGUGACAAGGAAGCCAUUCUGGAGCUGAUCACCUCUCGGAGCAAUAGGCAGAGACAGGAGAUCUCCCAGAGCUACAAGUCCCUCUAUGGCAAGGAUCUUAUCGCUGACUUGAAGUAUGAGCUGAUGGGCAAAUUUGAGAGACUGAUUGUAGGCCUGAUGAGGCCACUUGCCUACUGUGAUGCCAAAGAAAUCAAAGAUGCCAUCUCGGGUGCUGGCACAGAUGAAAAGUGCCUCAUCGAGAUCCUAGCCUCCAGGACCAAUGAUCAGAUCCACCAGCUAGUGGAGGCUUACAAGGACGCCUACGAGCGGGACCUGGAGGCCGAUGUCAUAGGCGAUACCUCAGGUCACUUCCAGAAGAUGCUGGUGGUCCUGCUACAGGGAACCCGGGAGGAUGACGAUGUGGUGAGUGAGGAGCUGGUGCAGCAGGAUGUGCAGGACUUGUAUGAGGCUGGGGAACUGAAGUGGGGGACAGAUGAGGCCCAGUUCAUUUACAUCUUGGGAAAUCGCAGCAAGCAGCACCUGCGUUUGGUGUUUGACGAGUACCUGAGGACCACAGGGAAGCCCAUCGAGGCCAGCAUUCGUGGGGAGCUAUCCGGGGACUUUGAGAAGCUGAUGUUGGCUGUGGUGAAAUGUGUCCGCAGCACCCCCGAGUACUUUGCUGAAAGGCUCUUCAAGGCCAUGAAGGGGUUGGGGACCCGGGACAACACCCUGAUCCGCAUCAUGGUCACCCGCAGUGAACUGGAUAUGCUCGAUAUCCGAGAGAUCUUCCGGACUAAGUAUGAGAAGUCUCUCUACAGCAUGAUCAAGAAUGACACAUCUGGCGAGUACAAGAAGGCACUGCUGAAGCUGUGUGGGGGUGAUGACGAUGCUGCUGGCCAGUUCUUCCCGGAGGCUGCGCAAGUGGCCUACCAGAUGUGGGAGCUUAGUGCAGUGGCCCGAGUAGAGCUGAAGGGCACUGUACACGCAGCUGGACACUUCGACCCUGAUGCAGAUGCAAAGGCCCUGCGGAAAGCCAUGAAGGGAAUUGGGACGGAUGAAGGCACCAUCCUUGACAUCAUCACACAUCGCAGCAACGCCCAGCGGCAGCAGAUCCGACAGACCUUCAAGUCCCACUUUGGCCGGGACUUGAUGGCUGACCUUAAGUCUGAGCUCUCUGGGGACCUGGCCAGGUUGAUUCUGGGGCUUAUGAUGCCACCAGCCCAUUACGAUGCCAAGCAGCUGAAGAAGGCCAUGGAGGGAGCUGGCACUGAUGAAAAGGCUCUCAUCGAGAUCCUGACCACACGAUCCAAUGCUGAAAUCCAGGCCAUUAAUGAGGCCUACAAGGAGGAUUAUCACAAGUCCUUGGAGGAUGCACUGAGCUCAGACACAUCUGGUCACUUUAAGAGGAUCCUCAUCUCUCUGGCCACGGGAAACCGUGAGGAGGGAGGAGAAGAUCGGGAUCAGGCCCGGGAAGAUGCCCAGGUGGCUGCUGAGAUCUUGGAAAUAGCCGACACAACCAGUGGAGACAAGACAUCCCUGGAGACACGCUUCAUGACCAUUCUGUGCACUCGGAGCCACCAGCACCUGCGGAGAGUCUUUCAGGAGUUUGUCAAGAAGACCAACUAUGACAUAGAGCACACCAUCAAGAAGGAGAUGUCUGGGGAUGUCCAGGACGCCUUCGUGGCCAUCGUGCAGAGUGUCCGGAACAAGCCUCUCUUCUUUGCUGACAAACUGUACAAAUCCAUGAAGGGUGCUGGCACGGAUGAGAAGACCCUCACCCGAAUCAUGGUCUCCCGCAGUGAGAUCGACUUGCUCAACAUCCGGCAGGAGUUCAUAGAGAAGUAUGACAAGUCUCUCCACCAGGCCAUUGAGGGCGACACCUCUGGAUACUUCCUGAAGGCCUUGCUGGCUAUCUGUGGUGGAGACGACUAGGUGCCCCUCUAGGGUCCCCAGCUUUGGUGGCUUCUCUGCCAAGAGGUGGCCAGCAGCACCCCCAAUGGCCAGGCUGUCAGCUGCAGUGCCAGAGGCCAGGAAGGUGCCUUCUCAGCUGGGGUUCAGGCAAGGUGCCCACCCCCACCGUGGUAUCUGAGCAGCAGGAGGAUUACAGUCAGAGACCCCAUCCACCUCCUCCUCAGCCUCCUGCCUCAGACCUGUCCCUGCCCCUGCCACAGUCCCCUCCCCCAACCUUUAUCAAACCCCCAAAAUGUACUGAGCCUCUGAGAA